AUGGCAGAUUUCAAGGCUUACCUCGACGAGCUCGAACAAGACUUCAUAGUCGAUACAGCAAAGCUCAAACAUGUCACUAACCACUUUGUCCAAGAACUGGAAAAAGGACUAAGCAUAAGAGGCGGAAACAUCCCAAUGAAUCCGACAUGGGUAAUGAACUACCCAGACGGCAAUGAGACAGGGAAAUAUCUUGUUCUAGACAUGGGAGGAACAAACCUCCGAGUCUACUCCAUUCAACUCACCAGCGAAAAAGGUGGUUUCGAAGUCAACCAGGAAUCACACAAGCUCCCAGAAAAGCUCAAGACUGCAACCGCUGAUGAACUCUGGGACUUUGUUGCAGGACGUCUUGAAUCCUUCCUUCAGUCAGCAGACUUUGACCUGAGCACCGAGAUUGAUCUGAGCUUUAUCUUUUCGUUCCCAACCACACAGAGGACAAUAGAUGAGGGUAUCUUACAGAGAUGGACAAAGGGCUUCAACAUCUCGAACACUGAAGGAGUAGAUGCCGCCGAGUCAUUGAGGCGAGCCAUCAAGAAAAAGAACCUCCCACUGAAGGUCUGUGUUGUAACAAAUGAUACAACCGCGACAAUGAUGGCCUCGGCCUACCUCAACUCUGAAACCGAAAUCGGCUGCGUUUUCGGCACAGGCUGCAAUGGCGCUUACUUCGAAAAGGUUUCGGCCAUUCCCAAGCUCGCAAACGACAACUUGAACGCAGAGUCAUUCAUGGCUAUUAACUGCGAAUGGGGUGCUUUCGACAACGAGCAUGCUGUAUUGCCAUUGACAUCAUAUGAUAUUGCCAUUGAUAACGACUCUCCAAGAAAGGGACAGCAGGCCUUCGAGAAGAUGGUUGCAGGCCUUUAUCUCGGAGAACUCUUCCGUCGGAUUAUUUUGGAGAUUCAUCAGAGGGAUCCCCAAAGUUUCUUGGAGGGGCAGAGUAUUGAGAAAUUGCAAGAUACUUAUUGCAUUGACUCCUCUUUUCUAUCCGCGAUCGAAGAGGACACAUCGGAUGGUCUACGAGAAGCCUACAAGACAUGCGUUUCAAGCCUGGGUAUCUCCCCAACACAUGCAGAGCUUCAAUUUAUGAAAGGAGUCGCUAGACUUAUAACUACCCGUGCCGCUCGUUUGUCAGCAACCGGUGUGGCAGCCAUCUGCCAGAAGCGUGAACUGCAGAGAUGUCACGUUGGAGUCGAGGGCUCGCUGUUCGAAAAGCAUCCCCAUUUCCAGAUGGAGUUGUCAAAGGCUGUCAGCGAAAUCCUUGCAUCUGAAGCUGAACCUGAGUCAAGAAAGGAUAAUGUGGAGUUUAUGCUUUCACCUGGUAGUGGCGUGGGUGCUGCUAUUAUUGCUUCCACCUUGAAACAAAGGUGA